GUUUUUAUCUCCUUCGUCCAAUACAUAGUACCCAAGGUGGGCAAAGACGGAAAUACACGCUUAUCUUUUUUCAAAGUUUUCUCGGUAUAUGUUCUAUAACCGCGUCGCUAGACGUAAAGCGACAAUAUACAGGCAUAGACUUGUGUAGUCAUUCUGAUUGACGAUGUGCGCAUUGUGACGUUUACCUGUCAGGGUGGCUCCUUUUUUUGACAUUUGAUAUAUAUGUUUCAGGGCUCAGGGCGGGAGGCCCCCCCCGAUCUAACUUUUUGAGGGGGGGGCCUCCCCGCCCCGGCCCCUCUUUUCGAGGGGCUGCCGGGCGGGAAGGCCUCAAAGCGCCCACUUCUGACCCCUUCCCGCUUCUUGCAUGUACCCUACAGACCUGGCAAAGGUGGCAAAGGCUGGGCCCUCUUGUCGUGUUGCGUGUACCCGACAGAGCUGGCAGAGGAGGCAAGGCGGGACCCACCCCCUUGGCGUGCUGCAUGUACCCGACAGACCUGGCAAAGGUGGCAAGGCUGGACCCCUCUGGCGUGUUGCAUGUGCCCAACACUACAGACCUGGCAAGGGUGGCAAGGGUGGACCCCUCUGGCGCGUUGCAUGUGCCCAACCCUACGCCAAGGGGGUGGGUUCCCGCAUUGCCUCGUCUGCCAGCUCUGUCGGGUACACGCAAGACGACAAGAGGGCCCAGCCUUUGCCACCUUUGCCACCCCCGAUCCAUCCCCAGAUCCAUCCACAGGGGGGGGCCUCCCUCCCUGGUACAUAAAUAUGUAUCUAUUGAAACAAAUACAAAUAAGGUUGUAUAGUGUUGUAAAGAUCUUUUUUGGCUUACAAUUGGAUAAUUCAAACUUGAUUUUGGAAGUUCGUUCAAGAGAAAAAUGGCCAUGUCGACCACGGGGAGCGGCUCAGCUAUUCCAGCAGGUGUCGACGACAGCCUGGGUUCAUCGUACAAGUCUUUAUCGAAGCUGCAUAAGCGGGAAAAAGUGAUUGUUCAGUACCGCCUGAUGAAAGACUACAGCGACCUCUUAAAAAAUCCCUUGGACGGCGUGGACAUCUGGCUCAAUGAAGAGAAUGUGUACGAGUGGCACGUCACAAUAUCACCCCUCAGCGGCCACUACGAAGGGCUACGACUGCAUUGCGUCAUUAUGUUUCCGGAGGACUAUCCGAAAAUGCCGCCGAAGGUACUAUACUUGGAGUUUCUUUUUUGUGAUCGUGAUGGACACAGAUAGAUGAUUCUCGAUAGGCACUUGUAGGACCAGACUGAAUGGAAAUUGAGUUAUAGCUGGAGUAUGUCUUUGGGAGAGGCAAGAGCAUGACUUGCUGGAGAAUCAUGCGAUAUUAUAAGUAGAUACUAGAGAAACAUCGAGUACUAUGCUGCAAAACUUCCUGUGAAUUGUACGCAGGUUGAUCUUAUGAACCCGCUGCCGCAUGUGUGCGUGUUUCAGGGGGGCUUUUACUUCGGUCCAUACUCGCGAAAGCCUAUCAAGAGUCCCUAUUCGCUCUGCACCGAGAUGCUCCAACCACCCCGCGGACGCUACCAUGGGUGGAGCCCGUCCUACAGCGUUACCGCAGUGCUUUCGCAGUUGCAGUGUCUGUUAUUUGACGACACAAUCGAGUUGGAAGACGGCUUGGGCAUCCGCAACACGCUGUGGGACAGUUAUUGCGGGAAGCGCUUCAGUGCGGCUCGUGUCUGCGAAGAGCUGCACAAAGCGCAGAGGCUGUCUGACGCUUGCUAUUGUCCCGACUGUGGGUAUUCGGGUCGCGACGCGCCGCCCCUUGUUGCAGUGACGGAAAUGAACAAAGAAAAAAGAAAAGAUGAAGAACGCGGUGAUAGCACAGCGCCCACAGCGUCGUCUUCGCAAGUCUCCUCAGGCUCAACGUCUUCCCUGGAAUGUCAAGCGAGAACACAACUUGCAGGUUUGGAGAAUAAAGAGAGCAUCGUCGAACAGGAGUCUGGGGGCCUCGCUAUUGGGAAGCACGUGCUCAUGAAAAAGGCCACGGAGCAGGAGGGCAACAGCUCUAUUGACGAGGCUUCGCCGUCAGAGGGAGAGAUGAUCGUCGAAUCAGAAGAACAGGAUGAACUCAAUACAGUAACGUUGUCGUGGAGUGUUGUUAGCUUGCCUGUGUCGACUUCUUUGCAAGAAGAUACGAAUAAUCGUGUUGCCGCGACCUCUUCAGCCAUCCCUAGCAAAAGCGCUUCUUCUGAUGUAGGAAGGACAGCUCAGUUUUAUACUACGACAGCCGAUGAUCACGUGGUGGAGGGAGUGGACACCGACAUCAACCGACGUGGAUUCCAAGAAGAUACCAAGAAGCGUCGAUUGCUUCCGCGCGUGCCAGGCGUUCUUCAGCACGGAGACCUGGUCUCGUUUCGUUUCUUCGGCGUGCCCGACAACGCACGCAAGGGUGUGAGGAACAUCAAUCAGAACUUGGCGAUUUACAACUACGGUUUUCAUCCAGAACGAGACUGGGUCUACGACAUCGAGACGGGGGAGUGUGUCCACGUGGCCGAGCAAAAAGAGGAUCGACUGGACCGGGAACGGCGCGAGCGCUUGGAGGAAGAGCAAAGGGAGAAGCAGUUGUUCGUGCUUGGAUGCGACUCCAUACUGCGUCGCUGUGGCGGAGAGCAGCGUUUCGAGCUCAGUGGGGUGCUCUUCGAAUAUGGCAUCGUGACGCGUGUUGACUGCCACCGAAUGCUUGUAGAUGUCUACUUUUUUGGUGUGGACAACCAGGAGGAGCUGACGGAGGCAGUGUCGCCGGGGAGCCAAGGCUUCGUUGCGUGGGAGAAGAUGAAACGGCGAGGAGCCCGAAAUAAAAUGCAGCGUCGCCGUCACGUAACUUUCAGUGAAGACGAGCUUCGGGCCCUUCAGGUAUUAACUGGAGUCCCAGAUCUGGGGCGCACUUUUGCCCGUAGUGCCGGACGCAAGAAUAAUGCGACAUCGUCGAGGAAUGAGCAGCCGCGCCCAACAAUUCUAAAUCUGGGAUUGCGCCCUGGCGCGCGGUUGGAGCACCACAUUUACCGAGCACUGACUGUUGAGUCCGAAAUCGAAUGCGAGGGAAGGAAAAAUGCGAAUUCCAGCAGUUCUUCAACAUCGGGUCGGGACCGAUUCGUGGCCUUCCAUGUCGCGUACCAGGACCAAGUUAGAGGCAAAAGGGAGAGUGAGCGCUGCCCCCCCGGUGUUUUGCACCAUCCGAUCAAAGAGAUUCCGAACCACAAAUCGCAGGACGAGAAAGAAGAGGCACCUCGUAAACGGUGUGUUCUGUUCAAGAACAUACCGCUGAGCCGGGUUUUUCUGGCGGAUUUCUACGAUGAAAAUGUCCGACCGGUGUGGGACUGUCAGCCGGAAGAAGCGACGGCAAAGGGGGGGAAUGGAAGGAUUGCUCCACGCGUUCGUACGAGGACAGGAGUGCCGACUGUCGUCAAAUCCUACGAGGAAGCUAAGGAUCGUGGACUCAUUCUGAUGCGGACUGGAGAGGACGGCAUCGUUCGGCCUGAAAAGAAUGUUGUAAAAAGGGAUGAUAACGAUGUUGCUCCAGAUGCAAAGAGCAAGGGCAAAGUAGACGAGGAAUACGGGGAGGAGAAGCCUUCCAGCUCUUCCGGGAGUGCCGUGGAGUCAUGCGGGAUUUCGGCUAUCACGACCGAAAAAUCAGAGAACGUUGUUAUUGCUGAGGACGCGAUUACUCUUUCGGACCUUCAGACUGAAAAGAGCUCGUUCGUCGUUCUCGAGGAUGCCAGAUCAUUGCGCAGCCUUGCUGCGGAGUCGCUCUUGAGCCGCGUGUUCGCGCAAUCACGAAGCACUCAGGAAGCCGUUGGCGAGCGAGGUCUUAUGACGGAAAGCGUAGCAUCAUCUGGGACCGGCAUGACAGAAGUCGGAGGUAAAUUUUCCGACGUAGAGGACGUGCAGGAGCUAGACAUUGAUGUAGAAAGCGACUUCUCGUCAGCUCUGCUGUUGCAAAACGAUGCGUUUGAUGUCUGGAGUCUGGGGAAUGGAGACCUGAUAAGCGUGUCUGCAAAAGAUGUGAAAUCGUCUGCGAGCUCUGUGGUGUCCGACGCUGUUCUUGUUCCGUCUCAAACUGGGGCCACCAGCAUUGCGGUACAACCUUCGAGAAUGCCCCAAGGACAGUUGCGUGCACGGGGCCACAAUGGUGCCUCUUUCUCCGCACUGUUAGCACUUCAGGUUGACCUAGCGAAGAGCCCGCAACUGGUCCAGGCACUCGAGGCUCUACGCACAGAGAAUCGGCCGCUCGUAGGGAUGAAAGUCAGAAGCGUGCUCGAUUUUGGCGCUUUUUUGCAACUUCCAGUUGUCACUGUGAACACUGCGGUGUCUGGAAAAAUCGUUGAUAGCAGCAGCACAAAUCAGAUCAAAGAUGAGAGCACGAGCAAGGGAACAGAAGUCAAGACCAGUACAAAAAGCAAUGACCACCGCCAAAACUUGGUGAUAGAUGGGCUGCUUCCGUUUGCGCCGUUCAUGAAGCGCGUGUUGCUAGAUGCGAAUGCUACUGUCGAUGAUAGUAAAAAGACUGAUGCGGCAAAUUCUUGGAGCUGCAUUGGUUUGGAAAACACAGUGCGUCAGCUGCGAGACUGCAAGCAGCGAUUGGAUGCGUGCACCCGUCGAGGCGAAGCCUUAGCAUUGACACAGGAAGACCUCACGUUCCGCAUUGAGCAUCCUGUGUUUGUCAAUGCGAUCGACGCAAACCGCGGUCGCGUGAGUCUGUCGCUGCUACCUACUUUGCGGGCCGCGGACAUGGUACCUGGAAGGCCUUUGGCGGGAAUCGUGGUCGAUGCCUCCAAGGAGAAGACGUUGGGAGUCUUUGUGGCCGUGUCCGACAAAUUGGUUGGCCUGGUGCGGCGUGCCGACUUUGGCGAAACCGCCGGCAAUGUCAGUUUAGAUGGCUACUCUGAUUGGCUUUACCGUGACCGCAAAACCCAACGCUUCGCGGCGGGAGACAGAGUGAAGGUGUGGGUGGUCGCAUGCAAAACGGGUGAACAGGCAUUAGUAGCUGGCGAUCAUGCCACUUCAUCGUCUAGCACAACAGGAAAGCAGGAACAAACAGCCACACCUGCGGGUGAAACCGAACAAAAGAACCCGCGACGGCCUGCUCGGGACUACCGUUUAGAUCUCACAUUGGAUCAGCACAGUCCAGCUAUGAGGGACGCGCGCUGGAACUACUUGGUGCGGCCACUGCGUCUGCCGUGUGCGGGAGAGAAAGAGGAUGGCGAAGCGACGACAAAACAGCGCAUUGAGCACGUAAACCUUGGCCUUGCGGACCAGUCUAAUAAAGAUGAAGCAUUGAUGCGAGAGAAGGCAGUAGAUAGAGAAGUAGAGUCCUCAUCUUCUCAAUCAGGCUCUCUCGGCACAGCUAAGCAUGUUGCGGCAGGCGUUUACGACUACGAGCAAAAUUUGGUUUCUGAUCGCGACCUCUUGUUGAAGAACAGCAACUUCAUGCGUUCUGCCAUCGCCUGCUAUCCAGACCUGUUUUCUGCUGAAGAGCUCGCUCGGCUGCAAAUAGACUAUCGGGAGCAGGAGAUGGACCUGAAAAAGGAGGGAGAGAUCCAGCGUGCGGCCCGCGAAAAGCGACUAGAAGCUCAUCGCGACGCGGAAGUACUGCGAAAGAUGACGCCUGAGGAGCGGGAACGAAUACUGUGGGGCCGCGAGUACUACCGCAAGAUCGAGGAGGAGCGCAAGCGGCGCGAAAAGCUUUGGGAGGAAUUGGUAGAACGCAUCGAGAAGCGCCGGUCGAACUAUCCAGGCAAAUCGGUUGUGGAUAUUGCUGCAUUGCAAAAGGUGCUGCAUACUAUUAAACUUAAGAAUUACAACUGCCGCAGCUGUUUUGUCACCGGGCUGUCUUUUAAGCAGGACGUUUUGGGAGUAGGCCUCGAGAUCCGCCCUGAGGACGCGUUCAGCGACCGGCUGGCGCUGCAUUGCAGCUUCGACCUGCUGUCGAAGACUGCAUAUUACGACUUCGGAACGCGCAUGGGCGUGUGGGGUGACGGCCUCAGCUUCUGGAUGCCUGCAGCGAUCGACGCGGAGCACUUCGAGCGGGCCUUGCAGUAUCUCCGAGACCUCUUCCAGCACCUCGGAAACUCGGAAGUGGCAGCGAAGACGCGUUCUUACGGCACGCAAAGUGGGUCAAGUCGGUUCCAUGCUGGCGCGCAGAUGCGUGAGGCUAUCCGCAGUGGUGGGAAAAUUACUUCUUUGGAUGAAUACCGAAAGCAGCAGGCGGAACGAACGAAGCAACAGAAAGCUUUGGAACGAGGCGCAGCCGAUAAGGAGGCCGUGGUGGUUGUCAGCGCUGCUGAUGCAGAUCCAGAUGCUGCGUCUAUGCGCGGUGAUGACGCAACGUCUGUAGCAUCGUCUUCAUUUGUUCUUGUGCAAGGAGGCUGCUCAGCGGAAGUAGCUAAAGGUAUGGCGUUCAGUCCUGCCUCUUCCAGUCGGAGCGAAAAACUCCGCGAUGGACCUCCUCCUCCGAAACAGCCUGCGAUCCGAGCACCUCCCGCCUUGACCGAAAAUGAUAUGUCCUACGCUCUCGAGGUUCUGCCGAAGCUAAUGAAUUCACAAGUGGUCUUCCUGUUGAAAGGCGAGCUGCACCAUUCAGAGAAGGCGUUGGAGGGCUACAUCGGCUUUCAUCACCUUUUCCUGAGCAUUCUGGACCGCUUUCCGCGAUUGCAGCAACAGGUCGAGGCUCGCAUUCAAGUGUUCAAGAACGUGGAAGCCGCUAGAUCUAAAAAGGGCACCCCGAAUAUCGGCGAAUUUCUUUGCCUUCUUAGCGUCUCGGAAAAGUUUACCUGGGAUGAUUUAUCCUCGGAAAUUUUGCGCGAAACGCUAGACCGUAACGCUAGCUGGGCCAUUGAUCCAUAUCCGCAAUUGGCGGUGUCCUGUGACCCUACUUUUCGACUGGAAAAGACCUUCCUUGGGAGUAUCGUCUCCAUUCGUCUGCUGGUUUUCAACGUGUGGUUUUUGCGAAACGUAGUCUUUCGCUACGAAACGACAGAGGAACUCCUUGAGGCGCGGCGUGAGCGCCUCUCGUUCCCCAAGUUGCGCUUGCGUGCCUACAAUCGCUCCAAGGGCGUGCCUUCCGCUGCGGUUUUGGAGCGCCUGACCAGAUUCUUUCGUGCCUUUCGCGAGGGUGGCGGCGGGCUCGAGUCCUGGGCCGAGUAUUUCCAGUACCUCAACCUCGCACCGGUGUCGAAGGAGGAGCUGGACCGGUUAUUGCUGGACCGCAUUGUAGAGUCGGUCAGAAAGGGUUACCUGCCCAAAUUUCGCUUACGGCAGGCGGAGGCACGGCAGGAGAUGUUGCGCAACCGCAAGGCGAACAAAAAAGCUGUCAAGGCGGGCGCUGGCGAAGCCACUGGGGAAAAUUACAUGAAUGACGUAUGAAACGUCUAAGAUACGAAGGAAAAAACAAAAUACUGCAGGUCGUCGGAGCACGCAUGUAGUUCAUGUUAUAUAAUAUAUUUAGAUGAUUUUGAUUCGAUUUUUACUUUUAGUACAAGUAGUUUUUAUCAGCCUGAUAUGAUGUUGAGAGACGAAAUCGCAUGUUCAUUAGUUUCGACAAAGGACAUAAUAUUUAUAAAUCUUAUAAUUAUAGGCGAGACCUAUGGGGCUGACAGGACGACGAUAGCGCCGGCGCUUAAUUAGUUUUAGCAGUUACCAGGAUGCUUUAGGAUACUUGUUGAUAGUCGCCCUUUUCUCUUUUAUAUCUUCCUCUGGUCUGUCUUUUUUCUAGUUAGGUCGGCUCCGCCACAAAUAUUAUAUAUUUAUAAUUAUAAUAUGCAAGUGAAAGCGCUUUGCCACUUCCACAGUGGCAGUUUCGAAUGCGUCGGUUUUCUUAUGUCUGCGCCUGCCCCAGUUUCAUCCAGAACCGGAACAGUAGUGCAUCUUCCAUUCUUGUACGGCCAGACUCCUAUCGUAAUGCGAUGUGAAAUCCGUGCAUCGUUCCGCACCAUCAUAAACUCACUCUUUAGUACUUACACGCAUGAACAAUAGUCACCGUCGGGAUUCACUACAUACUUGAUGCAUAGAUGUAUCUACACAAGAGACAAAUUUGUAUUUUUGAACGCUAGAAUCAUGAUUACCUCAAAAAAACUACACCCAAUGAUCCCCUGCAUUGCAAACCUAUGCAACUAGACAACACCUCGCGAACAGGUUCUUACAUGAAUGAAUUAAUGAAUAUAUUUAUACUUGUAAUAGACGGGGGCAGCAUAGUAUUUCUUUGUAGAAAACAAGGUUUAUGAACACACAUGCUCCCUCGUUCAAAUCAUCGCAGCUUGCAAGUUGUAUUUGCGUAGGAGGUAAACAGAAUUAUGUUCCUAGUACGUGCUUACGCUUAGGUAGUGAUUGACUUUUGGAGGAUAAAGCAAAGAUUUCCAUCAGUCAGGUAGUCUACCCCAAGGCGUGGGGAGACUACGGCUUCGGCUGCGUAUCCGGUCAUCCGCAAUGACACAUUCGUUCUCUUUUGGGACUGGAUAAGCUUGCUGAGUCAUAACAAAAACUUUACUAUCGUCCGCUUUCUUUAUUUAAUGAUCAUUUCCUACACCGACGAGCAUAAAAAUCUGAAGACUGACACUACACGCAGUCCAUCUAUCAGGGAUGAACGCGAGGCUGUCUUUUCUCGAGCAGAGGCAGGAUCUUGUUGCGCGCAAGGUCACGAUGUCUGUGCGUAUAAAAGCUCUGACGGAAAUUGAUGCUUUGUCGAGCGAG